AACAGCAACCCGGAUCGACAGACAGUGAAAGCCUGCUUUGAGGAGGAAGCUGUCAAGCAACAAGCCAGUGUUGAACCCUUCCCUGACCUCUGUGACAAGCGUCAUCGCCUUCCUUCGUAUAUUCUCGAUUCCUUGGUGCUUGAGUGCGUGAUCUUUCGCUUGCACCCAUCAUGGGAAUCCCAAAGUACUACCGCUGGAUCAGCGAGCGGUACCCAUGCCUGAGCCAGGUGGUCCGCGAGAGCGAGGUGCCAGACUUUGACAACCUGUACCUGGACAUGAACGGCAUCAUCCACACAUGCUCCCACCCAAGCGACGAUGUCAACUUCAGGCUCACGGAGGAGAAGAUGUUCGAGGACAUCUGCGCGUACAUUGAGACGCUCUUUCGCAUCAUCCGCCCCCAGCGCGUCUUCUACAUGGCCAUUGACGGCUGUGCACCCCGCGCAAAGAUGAACCAGCAGCGCGCCCGCAGGUUUCGAUCUGCCAAGGAGGCGGAGGAAGCGCGGCAGAAAGCAGAACGCGAGGGAAAGCUGCUGGACGACCCCGAUGCGCCGCCGCCGUUUGACUCGAACUGCAUCACGCCCGGCACGCCCUUCAUGCACCGCCUCCACCAGCACCUCGAGUACUUUGUCCAGGCAAAGAUCACAUCAGACCCAGCCUGGCAGGGUCUGCGGGUGGUGCUGUCUGGGCACCAGGUGCCUGGCGAGGGCGAGCACAAGAUCAUGGACUUCAUCCGCUCGGAGAAGCUGCGCGACGACUACGACGCCAACACCCGCCACUGCCUCUACGGCCUCGACGCUGACCUGAUCAUCCUGGGCCUGGUGUCGCACGAGCCGCACUUCAGUCUUCUUCGCGAGGAGGUCCGCUUUGGCCGCCGCCAAAAGUCAAAGAAGGAUUCCCAAGACAACGUCUUCCAUCUCCUCUCCCUCUCCCUCUAUCGCGAAUAUCUUCGCAUGGAAUUCUUCGACGUCAAGCCGCUGCUGUCGUUCCCGUUUGACUUUGAGCGACUGCUUGACGACUGGGUGCUGCUCGGGUUCCUCAUCGGCAACGACUUUAUCCCGCACCUCCCGCACUUCCACAUCUCACAGGACAUUGUGCCCACCCUGUACUCGUCGUACAAGCUCGCGCUGCAGAAGCUCGACGGGUGGAUCACAGAUGGCGGCACGAUCAACAUGGCGCGGCUGCAGGUGCUGCUGGAGGAGCUGUCCAUCAUCGACCGAAACGCGUUUGACGAGACAUAUGUUGAUCUGAAGUGGCUGCGCUCCAAAACAGGACGCGGCCGCCACCAGGCGCCAGAGGUUGUUCCUCCAAAAGCCGACGGUGGCGAUGGCGACAGCACAAGCGGUAGCAGCGCCAAGAAGAAGGAUGCGAAGGAGAAGAGCAAUGACGCGGCGCUUGCGGGUCUCUUUGGCGGCGUGGUGCUGAGUGACGACGACGACGACGACGACGAUGAUGAUGAUGAUGAUGACACUGAUGAUGGCAGCAGCAGUGAUGAGGAGGACAGGGCCAAGACGCGCGAAGAGGAAGCGGAGGAGAUGUACGAGGCAGAAUACCUCAUGUACAAGGCCAACUACUACCUGGAAAAGCUUGGUGUCCAGCGGUACGACGACGAAUUCCGCCUCAGCCAGGCCCAGGAGUACGUGCGGGGCCUGCAGUGGAUCCUGUUCUACUACUACAAGGGCGUUCCUUCCUGGUCGUGGUUCUUCCCAUCGCACUAUGCGCCGUUUGUGUCGGACAUUCGCGCGAUUGAGGACUUCAAGCCAGAGUUUGAGCUCGGAGAACCCUUCUCCCCAUUCGAGCAGCUGAUGUCUGUGCUGCCGCCUGCAUCGCGGGACCACGUGCCGCCGGCAUACCAGCCGCUCAUGCUCGACUCUCAAUCCCCGAUCAUCGACUUCUAUCCGCAGACGUUCAAGACAGAUCUCAAUGGCAAGCGCAAUGCCUGGGAGGCCGUCGUUCUCAUCCCCUUUAUCGACCAGGACCGGCUGCUGUCUGCGGUGCACUCCCUGUCGCAUCUCCUCACAGAUGCUGAGAAGAACCGCAACAAGCACUCCCUGGCCAAGUGCUUCGUGCACAGUGCCUCCGCCCGCCUGCGCGUGGCAUCGCCCCACCCGCACCACUUUGCCGCCGUCACGGCCCACGCCGACUUUACUGAGAUGCCCUUCCCGCACACCCCAGAGGGCUCGCCACAUGUAGGGCUGCACCCGCGCUUCGACCACGAGCGCUACUACCCGGGGUUUCCCACGUUUGUCCACCUCCCGCACCAGUUCAUCACCUGCAAGGCUCGCGUCAAGGUGUUCAACUUUGAGUCGAAAUCGGACAGCAUCCUUGUCAUUCCGCACUCGCAACUGCCGCCUGUUGCGUCUGAGCUGCGCCAUCUUGUUGGUCAGGACAUCUGGACCCGUUAUCCGCAUCUCAUUGAGGCAAAGGUGACGGCAGUGUGGGACAGCCACGAGAAAUAUGAGGUGCGCGGGCGGCGUGUGGUGAGCACCGCACUCGAACACCGCGACCGCGCCAAGUUCUUCCACACCGCAAAGCGCCUCCAGGAGGACGCAAAGACAAAGCGCGGCAUGGACAUUGGGCCUGUGCAAGUGAUUGUGACUGUGAACCUCUGUGAAGGGUUUGUGAACGACUUCCAGAAGGACGGACGCGUUUACCAGCGCAAGUCGUGGUCGCACCAAGAGCAGGAUUUUCCGCUUCAGCUCUGCAUCCCGGACCUGCAGAUUUCCCGCGACACGCGCAACGAGGCUGUCAAGGCGCUGCGGGAGGUGAUUCGGGCGGAUGCGCCCGUGUGCCACCUCGGCCCCCUGCACUACGGUGCGACGGGACACGUCGUGCGCGUGCACCACCACACCGUUGACGUGGAGCUGCUUGUUCCCGAGGCACCCAACAUCGCCAGGCUCCUUCAGCUCAACUCUGCGUCGCAGCAGCUUGUGCCGCUCUCCGAGGCCGGCCGCCGGCUGCACAUGCCAGAGUUCUUCCUCAACAAGCUCCUCGCCUCCCUCUUCGUCUUCUCGGGCUCGGCCGACGACCAGGGAACAAAGUAUGAUCUCGGGUUCCACAUGAAGUUCAGCGGCCGCGGGCUCGAAGCCGUCGGCCUCACCCGCCGCAUCGACGAGAAGUGGUUUCUGACGCAGCGGGCGAUUGCGAUUGUGGACGACUUUCAACGACGCUUUGCGCGCAUCCUGGACCCGCUCAAGCGCAACCAGUACGCAGACCGCUGCUACGGCGCCGACCUCUACCGCUUUGAUGCGAGCGCGGACCUUGAGGCGGCGCAGGCGUAUCUGCGGGACACGGUGAAGGUGCGCGACUUUGACCUCGUGCCGACGGGGACGGAGGUGCUGCAGAAGCGCAUUGUGCACGCCAUUGAGAACCUGCAGCAGGUCUUCGUCUCAAGCAAGCACCCAAAGCCUCGCGUCGCCAUCCAGGGGCUGUCGCCGUCACUGCUGUUCCUUGCGUCGACCGCUGGGCGCAACACGUCCAUCCCGCCCGACAAGCAGGCUUCGUUCAAGCUUGGCGACCGCGUCGUGUGCGUGCGCGACUGUGCUGCUGUGCCCUGGGCGGCGGCGGGGUUUGUUGUGCGGGUGCUGCCAGAGUCGGAGGAGGUGGAGGUUGUCUUUGAUGAGGAGUUUAUGGGCGGCACGCUGCUUGGCGGGCUGUGCACGCGGCUGGCUGGCGCGCGCAUGCCGUUCACGUGGCUGGUGAACGUGACGCACGGGCUGCGGCGGGCUGUGCCGGAUGCUGAUGCGGCGCUGUUCAAGGCUGCGGCGGUGCGGGACCUGCCACCGCUCCCUGCUGGCGGUGAUGAUGCCGCUGGUGGUGCCGCCGAGAUGGAGGCCGACGAGGCCGUCACCGUCACUGCCACCGCCAAGCCCCCACCGGCCAACAAGGCGACCACGACCACUGCUGGAAGCGGUGUAGCGAGUGCAGUGAGUGCAGUGAGUGCAGUGAGUGCAGCGAGUGCAACGAGUGCAGUGAAGCAGCAGCAGCAGCAGCAACCCAAGCAGCCGCAGCAGCACCAGCAGCAACCCAAGCAGCCGCAGAAGCAGCACCAGCAACAACCCAAGCAACCACUCGCCAAGCAACAGGACCAAGCCAAGCCAGUCGCAGUCCCAGCAACAGCGCCAACAACGAAGACGACAACAACAACAGCAGCGGCGUCGUCAUCGUCGUCGUCAUCACCCAGCAAGAAGCAGACGGUAACGAAGAAGCAGCAGCAGCAAGCCAGCAAGCCAAAGAAACGUGGUGGGACAAACGGUUCUGCCGACGACCGGGACAUGUCGCCUGAGGUGCGCACGGUGGAUAUCGCUGGACGCACGUUUGAUCUGGACGUUUAUGCCAAGUUAUGGCGAGAACUCGAGGCUCGCGGGACAAAACGUGAUUGACAUGUUUGGUGCGCUGACGUCAUGCUUGUUGGGCUGUCUGAAGGGUGCAAGGUCCCACUUUCAAGGCCGUACGCAAUACAACCAAAAGCAAG